AUGGAUCCCUAUUUGGCCCUGUUAAAGAGAUAUGGUGACUGCACGCUAAGUGAAUUGCUCACCGCAGUAAUUGGGGUGGUUUUUGUAGCGUGGACGCUUCGACAAUUCGUUUUUGGGAGGGAAGCACCGCCUGUUACGUAUCAAGUGCCAACUCCUCCUGAGAUAUCGGAUAAAUGGCAUGGAAAGACGUGGGAUGAUGUCGGUGCUACAGAUCGGGAGAUUUUGGAGGGCCAAGCGAAAGGGAAAUGGAAUGAAGAGAAGAUCCUCAGUUACUGCCCUGCCGACGGUCGUUUACUUGGAGAUGUGACCCGUGGAAUCAAACCAGCAUCAUCGGUUGAGAUAGACAUUGCGGUCAAACGAGCGGAAGUCGCGCAGCUGAAAUGGCAACAUACAAAUUUUGCUGAGAGGAGGAGGGUAUUACGAACGUUGCUGAGGCACAUUCUUGAUCACCAGGAUGAUAUCGUUUCCGCAUGCUGCCUGGAUUCAGGCAAGACCAAGGUAGAUGCUGCAUUUGGCGAGGUCCUGGUUACCGCUGAGAAGCUUAAGUGGACUAUUGAUCAUGGAGAGAAAUCACUUUCGACCGACCGCCGACCUACAAACCUUCUUAUGAUGUACAAGAAGAAUACGGUCCGCUACGAGCCUCUGGGUGUGAUUCUAGCCAGUGUAUCGUGGAACUACCCAUUUCACAACUUGAUAUCCCCGGUAAUCAGCGCCAUAUUUGCCGGGAAUUCCAUCAUUGUUAAGCCAUCCGAACAUACGGUUUGGAGUUCUAAGUACUUUUGCGAUAUCAUUCGAGGUGCUCUUACAAGCUGCGGACAUCCGGAAGAUCUAGUCCAAUUCGUCGUUUGUCUUCCCAACCAUGCAGACAGCUUGACGUCUCACCCAGGCCUGGAUCAUAUCAUUUUCAUUGGCUCCCGCCCAGUGGCGCACCAUGUCUGCAGAUCAGCUGCCAAAUCGCUUACUCCAGUCACCGUGGAACUUGGUGGGAAAGAUCCCGCUGUCAUUCUUGACGAUCCAGCGACCAUUAAAGACAUUCCUAGUAUAUGCUCACUGCUCUUACGCGGCGUCUUUCAAUCCGCAGGCCAGAAUUGCAUUGGAAUAGAACGCGUCAUCGCACUCCCAGGAACCUACAGCAAAAUCAUCGAAACAGUAACUCCCGUAAUAAAAGCGCUCCGUCUCGGAUCUGUCCUCUUCGAAUUAAGCGAAUACUCGAAAAAUCCAAACCAUGGACUUUCAACCCCGGAUAUGGGAGCUCUGAUUUCUGAAAAGCAAUUUGACGAGUUAGAGGCUCUGAUUGCCGAGGCCGUGAAACAAGGUGCCCAUCUCAUUCAUGGCGGCAAACGGUAUAACCAUCCAAAAUAUCCUCACGGGCAUUAUUUCAUGCCCACUCUUCUUACCAACGUUGAUCCGUCGAUGAAGAUUGCAAAUAUUGAGCUAUUCGCGCCCGUUUUCCUCAUCAUGCCGGCCACGGACGUAUCCGAUGCCAUCAGAAUAGCAAAUUCCACGGAAUACUCGCUAGGUGCGAGUGUUUUCGGCCAUAAUAGACGAGACGUGGAGAGGUGUGUGUCUCAAAUCAAAGCAGGCAUGGUUUCCGUCAACGACUUUGCCGUCUAUUAUGCGGUAGGACUUCCAUUCGGGGGAGUGAAGGGUAGUGGAUAUGGGCGAUUUGGUGGGGCAGAGGGAUUGAGGAACUUGUGCAAUAUGAAAGCUGUUUGUGAGGAUAGGUAUCCUCUAAUCCAGACGCGUAUACCACCCACUGUGGAUUAUCCCAUUCAGAAGGGCGAUGGACCGAAUAGGGAUGGACGGGGUGCGUGGGAGAUGUGUAAGGGGAUUGUUGAGACAGGGUAUCACCCUGCUCUUGCGGGAAAGGCGAAAGGAGUAUGGAAAAUAGUGAAGAAUAUAUGA